UGGGACUGGGAAAGCUGUUGUUGCUUAAUCAUUUGUUAAACUUCCUGAACAUUCCACUUCCUCCAGUUGCAAAAAUGGACAUGGACACUAGCAAACUACACUGGGGACAUCAAGAAUACAAUCUUGGAGAGUUUGCUGAAAAAUUCAAGGACUCCUUUCCUAAGAUCAUCAAUGUGACGGUGGGCUUUCUUGGACAACAGGAACUGGACAGUAUCAGCUCAAGCACACACAUCAUGGUCCACUCCCUGCUCUGCCAGCAGAGAGCAGUGUUUGAGAGCAAACAUGGGAAAGUCCUGUCCCUACCUGUCACCAUCUCUACUGUAGGCUUCUACAUAAUCAGAAAUGAUAGACGAGAAGGACCACCAAUCAGUCUUCAGGCUAUUUUGGAGUCCAACCCACUGCCAGUGAUCAUCCAACCAAUAACGCCACUCGUCCUGCCGUGGCUGUCAGGGGGUCAUAGGCUGGACACACUGACAAUCACACGCACCUAUGAGGAGCAGCUCUUAAUUGGGUUUCCUUUCAGCAGCAAAGGAAUCCUCUCCAGACACACUCCUCUGGUGCUGCCCAUGUAUAUGAAGGAGGUGCGUAUUGCACUGGCAGAGGGGUUGGAGGGACUCGAUCAGGGCCAGUUCGAGGACGCCUGUGCAACAUUGGGGGGGCAGAUCGAUGAACUGGGCCUCAGGAACCUUUUCAUCUUUCAAGAUAUCACCAUUUUGAAUAAGCAAGAGUUGAUUGAAAAGGGUCACGAAUACAUGGAUGUGAAGCCAAUCUACAUGUGCCUGAAGAGCCAGGGUGAUGAAAUCAACCUCUACCAGCACCUUGACUUUGAGACAACCGAGCCUCCUACUUUACAGAGAAAAGCAGCAAGACCCCCACCUCUACCCCCUAAACCACAAUAUUUACAAAUAGCUAGACACAAACUUCCACCCCUUUCUCCAUCAUUGGAGAACAAUUCCCAGUUCUACUCUGGCGGCUCAUGGCACCCACUCUUCUGCUCCUUAGCAGAGGUGCCCUCUAAUCUACGGGACCUGAGUGUGGCACAGGUGUGCUCCUGCCUACGACUGCUCAACUUGGACCAGUACUGCCAGGCCUUCGAGAGGGAGCAGAUUGACGGGGAUCUGUUGUACACAGUUGAGCCCAGCAUGAUGAGGGAGACCCUGGGUAUGGAGAGCCUGCACGUGAGCAAGCUUCUCCGCUUCCGAGAGGGCUGGAGGCCCUUACUUGGGUCUUCUGGAGCUGAGCAGGUUGGGUAGGAAUGGAUUAUCUGUAAUGGGGAUUAUAAUCAGAUUAUAAACAUUUCAUUGGCAAUCUGGGAUCCAAACAACACUAAAGCGAUCAUAGAAGUGACAUUUUGUACUCUUGUGCUGGAUGGUAAAUUAUUUACAUAUUUUAUGUUAGGCUAAGUACCAUUUACAUUAGUAAUGGCUAAAGUGUCAUUCAGAAUAAAGGCUACUUUUUGGAGUAA